AUGGGAUACGAAUCGAGCAACAUUGAGGAUAACGAGUAUGAAGGAGAUGAUUCAGUCCAUAAACAGUCCAGUCAUCAGCCUGAAGGGAUUAAGAGCGAAGAUUGUGAGCUACAAGACCAGGCCGAUCGACGGGCGGAAAAAGUGGGCAAUGCCAAGAUUGAGGAUGAAACAUAG